AUGGACGAACGAGGUCUUCAAGUAACAAGCACAGAUGGUAUGCAACAGAUGACUGAUCAACCAUUGGAUCAGUAUGCUGCCCUGCAACAGAUGCAACUAUACCAAUUAACUCAGCCAGAGCAAGCAAUGACAAUGCAACAUGCACCAGGCCGUGGGGUUUGGUCUCAGCAGGAGGAUGAGCUGCUUACAAGAGCUGUUAUGCAAUUGGGUCCAAAGAAAUGGCAGGAUAUUAGUAGAUUUGUUCCUACUCGAACAAGCAAACAAUGCCGUGAACGCUGGUUUAACUGCUUGAAUCCAAAUAACAAGCAUGGGGCUUUCGAGCCUUGGGAAGAUCAGAUUAUUAUCGAAAAACAAAAAGAAAUUGGUAACCGAUGGUCAAGUAUUGCUCACCUUUUACCUGGUAGAAGCCCAGGUGCUGUCAAGAAUCGAUGGUACUCAGGCUUGAAGAGUUUCCACCCAGCCGCUUCGAUGGGUGGAACUUCUUUAAAUCCAUCCUUAGAAACAAACUUAGAUACAACACAAAUGACCCCAUACCAAUCUUAA